AUGCAGCUAGCUACUGUCGCUGCUACCACCUGGCCUAUCACGUUUGCCAUGGUUUUGGGAGCGAUGGUGCGAAGCUAUGCCCUGUACAAAGCUGAAAGAGGCACCAAGUUGUCAACGCUGGAGUCUCUCCUGGCCAGCCAAACGCUUGGAAGCACAGCCCUGACCCUCUCGGAACCGUCGUUGAUCAGCCUGUCCAUAAUUCUCCUCCUUGCUGCGUGGGCUUUCAGCCCUAUCGGAGGUCAAGCCGUCGUCCGAUCGGUGCACCUACGUUUGUUCAACGAGAACACCCCGCUCGAACUCGUGUACUUCCCGACGCCGAAUAUUAGCGAGCUCUCGUUUGGCUCCAUUCUGACCUCCUCGUCGGACUCGGCCACGUACUUGGCCACCAUCAACGCGGUCCUUCUCAGCUCGCUGUACGAUAGCAGCACCGCCCUGAUUCAUUCCAAUGGCUCCAGCAGUAAUAACAGCCUUUACUCCCAGUAUGUCCGCACGCUGGGAAGCAACAUUGCAGCAUCCGUGACCACACAGAAGGACCAUUGGGGAAACCCCCGUGUGCCGUUUCUCCAUCUCUUGGCCAACUAUGACGCCUCUCAUCCCGAGCAAUGGGUGGAUGUACCAGACGAUCAAGUUGCUCCUUACCAGUCACUUCUUGGUGUCGCCAUCCGAAGAAUACCAGAGACGGUCGGCAAUGCAACGGCCACUGUUGGGUCGACAUACUUGUACUUGAAAUGCAGUGGUAGGUGGGAAAACCGCACGACAUGGGUAGCGAACCACAAUAAGACCUCUGCGGAUUUCAGCUCGGCCAAUACCACGAACCCGGCCCCCGGCCAGAGCAGGACUUUCAAGUCGCCUCUUAAGCUGCCGUACAGCGACGACAUCAUAAAGCAGCCGUAUGCGAUCAACCUCAACUACUACACCAACGCCUACCGCGGCACCCUCCCACGGCCCGUCGACGGCUCUUCCCUGGUCGAGGGAUUCUGGGGCACGCUGGUCCACUUUGCGCACACGACGGCCACCACCUGCGACGUGCACUCGGCCGUCGUAGACGUCGAGGUGCGCUGCGUCAAGGCCUCCGUGGACACCGUGGUAUCCUGUCGCUCGGCCCGCGUGCGCGCCGCCCCGGGCCAGGACACGGCGUCCAACAUCACCAUGUUCAGCGACGCGGCCGGCAACCCGGACUGGCUGUACAUGAACCGGUACCUAGAGAACCUAGCCUCGGUCGGGGUCACCCAGCACCCGGCGAACCUCGGUGCCGUGGCCAUGUACCUGCAGGACCCGAUCAGGGGGCUCACGAACCAGGACGGCGAGGGCGAGUUCGGCAUGGUGCCCGGGGCCGCCGCCAUCAUGGGCCACGACGGCAUCAGCGGCCCGCAGAGCAUACCCUGGGACCAGCCGUUUACGUGGAGCCGCCCCGGGUCGAUGUACAGCAACGCCACGGGCGGCCGGCUGCAGUCUUUCUCGGCCCCGACCUACGAGCUGUCCGGGGCGUGGCUGGCCGUGUACUUUGUCUCCGUGGGCGUCGUGCUCCUGGCGGCCGUGGGCAACAUCGCCCUCCGCUGGGUCGUCCGGGCGCCGGAUUUCCUCGGGAGCAUCUCUGCUCUGUCGAGGGACUCGCCCUAUGUGGACAGUGCGGCGGCCGGGAGCAGCGCCCGCGAUGGCAAGACGCAAACCAGGCUUCUCAGGGAGAAGUGGGUUCGGAUUCAAGACGUGCAGCCGGAUGAAGCCAAUGGUAGAAUUGCCCUGAGCGAUGACCGCAGCCUCGGAUCGCGGAAGUUGGACUGGGCGAGGCGCUUUGAGUGA